UAAUUCAAAUCUUAAAAUCUUUGAAUUUUGUAUUGGCGCAAAAGAGAGAAAGGAAAGGACAUGCAACUGAGAACGCGCCUAAGCCUUGAAUAUUGCACAGUCCUCCUGGAAUCUUGCAUUCAAUCAAAAUCUCUGUUUCGAGGCAAGCUGAUCCAUCAGCAUCUGCUCAAAUGCCUACACAGAACCCACGAAACCAAUCUUACAAAUUUUGAUGUGCCAUUCGAAAAACUCGUUGAUUUAUAUAUAGCUUGCAGUGAACUCAAAAUCGCACGCCAUGUGUUUGAUAAAAUGCCCCAUAGACCCAAAAAUGUUGUUUUAUGGAAUUUAUUGAUAAGAGCUUAUGCUUGGAAUGGUCCCUAUGAAGAAGCCAUUGAUUUGUACUAUAAAAUGUUGGGUUAUGGUAUCACACCCAACAGGUUCACCUUCCCUUUUGUUCUCAAAGCGUGUUCGGCUCUAAAAGAAGCAAGUGAAGGAAGAGAGAUUCAUUGUGACAUCAAAAGACUUCGUCUUGAAUCUAAUGUCUAUGUUUCCACCGCUUUGGUUGAUUUUUAUGCUAAAUGUGGGUGUUUGGAUGAUGCAAAAGAAGUGUUUGAUAAAAUGCAUAAAAGGGAUGUUGUUGCGUGGAAUUCGAUGAUUUCAGGGUUUUCUUUACAUGAGGGUUCCUAUGAUGAGGUCGCACGACUGCUUGUUCAAAUGCAAAAUGAUGUGAGUCCUAAUUCAUCAACAAUUGUUGGUGUCCUUCCUGCUGUCGCUCAAGUGAAUUCAUUGAGACAUGGAAAGGAAAUUCAUGGGUUUUGUGUUAGGAGGGGCUUCGUUGGCGAUGUGGUGGUAGGAACUGGGAUUUUGGACGUGUACGGGAAAUGUCAGUGCAUAGAUUAUGCCAGGAGAAUUUUUGACAUGAUGGGUAUUGUCAAGAAUGAGGUGACUUGGAGUGCUAUGGUCGGUGCAUAUGUUGUGUGUGAUUUUAUGAGGGAGGCAUUGGAACUAUUUUGUCAGUUGUUGAUGCUCAAGGAUGAUGUAAUUGUUCUGUCAGCGGUAACUCUUGCCACUGUUAUUCGAGUUUGUGCAAAUUUAACUGAUUUAAGCACGGGAACUUGCUUGCAUUGUUACGCGAUAAAAUCAGGAUUUGUUUUGGAUUUGAUGGUUGGAAAUACUUUACUUUCAAUGUAUGCCAAGUGUGGGAUUAUCAAUGGUGCAAUGAGGUUUUUUAAUGAAAUGGAUUUAAGAGAUGCAGUUUCGUUCACUGCUAUCAUUUCAGGCUAUGUUCAAAAUGGUAAUUCUGAAGAGGGUUUGCGCAUGUUCCUCGAGAUGCAGUUGUCUGGGAUAAAUCCAGAAAAGGCAACCCUGGCUAGUGUUCUGCCAGCUUGUGCUCAUUUGGCUGGUUUACAUUAUGGGUCUUGCAGCCAUUGCUAUGCAAUCAUUUGCGGAUUUACAGCCGAUACCAUGAUUUGUAAUGCUCUUAUUGAUAUGUACGCAAAAUGUGGGAAGAUUGACACUGCUAGGAAAGUAUUUGACAGGAUGCAUAAGCGGGGUAUUGUGUCAUGGAAUACCAUGAUAAUUGCUUAUGGUAUUCAUGGGAUUGGAUUGGAAGCACUAUUGUUGUUUGACAACAUGCAGUCUGAAGGUUUAAAACCAGAUGAUGUGACUUUCAUUUGUCUCAUAUCUGCUUGCAGCCAUUCGGGACUUGUUGCAGAAGGCAAAUACUGGUUUAAUGCCAUGACUCAAGAUUUUGGAAUCAUCCCCAGAAUGGAGCAUUAUGCAUGCAUGGUUGAUCUUCUAAGCAGGGCUGGGCUUUUCAAAGAGGUGCACAGUUUCAUUGAAAAGAUGCCACUUGAGCCUGAUGUUCGUGUAUGGGGUGCCCUGCUUUCUGCUUGUCGAGUCUAUAAGAAUGUUGAACUAGGGGAAGGAGUGUCAAAGAAAAUUCAGAAGCUAGGACCUGAAAGUACUGGGAACUUUGUUCUCCUAUCCAAUAUGUAUAGUGCUGUUGGGAGAUGGGACGAUGCAGCACAGGUUAGGUUCACACAGAAGGAACAGGGUUUUGAGAAAAGUCCUGGAUGCAGCUGGAUUGAGAUAAGUGGGGUUGUCCAUACAUUUCUUGGUGGUGGAUAUAGGUCCCACCCACAGCUGACACAAAUAAGCAACAAACUUGAUGAACUACUGGUGGAGAUGAAAAGGUUGGGUUACCAAGCAGAAUCUAGCUAUGUCUUCCAAGAUGUCGAGGAAGAGGAGAAGGAACGAGUCCUUCUUUAUCACAGCGAGAAACUAGCUAUUGCAUUUGGAAUUCUUAGUUUGAGCCCCGACAAGCACAUCAUAGUAACUAAGAAUUUGCGAGUUUGUGGUGAUUGCCACACUGCUAUUAAAUUUAUUUCUUUGGUAACUAAGAGAGACAUAACAGUAAGAGAUGCAAGUCGAUUUCAUCAUUUCAAAGACGGAAUUUGCAAUUGUGGAGAUUUCUGGUAAGGGUAAGGAUGAAAGUUUUGCAGGUCCCAAUAGCGCAUCUACAGUUAAAAGCCUACAGAAUCUGCUUUUCCCUUACCGGCAAUGUGAUGGCAGUUAUGCAGCAGGAACAUGCUAAGGUUACAAGUCUGCUAUUGUUUUAUUAAAAAAUCACUGGUAACUCAGAGCCAGAGGACCCUAAACCAAGAUAUCUAAACUGGACAAUUAUUCCAAGAUGAACAAGACCUUUUGAUUUUUUUGAGAACCAUGGACCUGCACUUGAAUUUCCAAAAGAGGUAAAUUCUUCUUUAAUAUAGGAUAAGAUGCUCUAUCAGUUAGAAAUACUUUGCUCUAUUUCCUCUGCUUGAAUCAUAACAAGAAUUUCCAGUGUUAGAAAUUUUCAACCCACAAAUUAUAUGCCACACAUAAGAUCCCUUCUAAAUCAUUACCUUAUCAAGUUUUCAGUGAAUAAGCUGCACAUGAAACUUAGCUAUUGUCCAGGUAUCAUGUUUUGUUGAAGCAUAUUGCUAUUCUGCUUGUUAAAUGUUAAAGAAGAGAACAAUGAUUCAGUAUUCCAAUCAAACACCAAAGCUUUCAUAAUAAAUGGCUCAUUUUGGCUUUGAUAUCUGCUUAGAUCCUUGAAACCUUUCUUCCAUAGUGCACAAGCUACAACAGCUUACUAGAUGAAUGACUUUUGUCCCUUAGGUCCUGCCCUUAUGUCUCCUAUCUGCAGGUAACAGGAUAGCAUAUAUCUCUUGACAAGAAUUACUUGGAGAAAAAACAAAUGAACAUUGAAAACCGAUUUAGUAGAAUUAUUAAUCUACCUGCAUGAUCCUGACUGAAGUUCGCCUGGAUUUUCAAUCUAUUUAUGGAAAUUCAUAAUCAUGUUAUAUCACUGAAAGCAUCAUAAUGUUGCGAGUAUUUCAUGGCACAGUUACAUUCCUAUACCUUUUUUUGUGUUUUUUUUCCUAUUUCUUAUAUUUCCAUCUUUGAAAAUCAAUCCUCUAUUUCUUUAGUAUAUCUCUAGGUUGUUUCAGCUGUAGGGAAGGAUGACUUUGCUUCCUUUUCUGGCAUUUUAGUUGAUACCAUAUGCAUACCAUUCAAUCCCACUUGGCAGGGAGAAGGUAGCAUAUGAAGAAUUGAAAACCUGCCUCGUUGAUGUUUCACAAGUAAACAGAAGAAAGAAAUAGCAACAGAUUCUGUUCCAGGGCUCCGGAAAAAGAAUCAUGGAAAGCUGUUGCAUUCAUAAGAAGCACCACCAUGAGUGUUUGUCGGGCAUGAUGGUUAUCUUAGCAAAUUCAAAGGUCUCUAUCUGUUCACUGAACAAUGUCCAGGCACAGCAUUUCAGUGACAGUGUGAAAAGUCACAAAAAUGGUGCAAGUCUAGUAAUAAAGCUUUCAACAACUGUUUCAAGGAGUAUGGCUGAGGAUGAGAUACAGCACUGUCCGGCUCAAAAGGAUAAAAUUAAGUAUUGUUCUGUGCUUUGUGUUUUUAGCAUGCCAGGUAUUCUCCUCUGUAACGGAUUUCAAACUUUUUUUUUAUCUGCAAUAUUUUGCAUUGAAUCAAAGUUCUUUUUUUAUUUGAUGAGUUUAAUUAAGGUUCUAUACGUAUCAUUGUCACAUCAACUAUACAUCAAUACCCCUCUCACCAUGUGGGGAACUCUUAAUCAAGAUGCUUGAAUCUCUUUGACAAGUGACUUUAUAGUCUCUUACAUGUGCGGUUUGCAAAUGGCAUAUCAUUAGCUAACAAUUGACUGCUAUUGCCCUGAACUAUCUUUGGGAGGCACUUUCUGGAACUAGGGUUUUGGACCUUUUGUUUGGUAGAACUUGCAGUCUUUCUAGGUGACCUUUCUCCAUGUUUUCCGUCGAUAGAUCUUGAUUGAGACUUUAGAUGAAACUGACGUGAAUCAAUAACUAAAGCUGAUGCUAUGGUUUGACUUGUGUAGAUUUGGCAAAUGAAAAAACAUGAACAGAAGAAAGUGUCUGCUGAGACUCAUAGGAACAGUUGCUGCCAACAUGCAUAUAUGUUCCUGUAAAUUUUGCUGUCCGGAAAGAUGAUAUUGGUUGACAUCAUGGAUGAACAAGAUAGAAUCUGAGCUGUCUGGCUGUCUCUCUCAUGCAACUCAUCAUGAUCUUUGCAAUAUGGCCUGUAUGAGUUCGUGUCUAGGUGUUCUUUCACAUUAAUGCAGCUAUUCCUUUUUUUCCCUGUCCAUGUGAAACAAAAUGCCAUUUUACCCACUUUGAAGAAAAUCUUUACUUGAGAAAUGCCUGUUCCGAUUUCCUCUGAUCUUGUAGUGGUUGUGAAACCACUGAUGCCCAUGUAAGUGUCUACCGGAGAGGUACUUCUGUCUUGUUAUGGAUCUCCACUGCUUUGCUAGAUGCAAUUGCUGUUCAUGGUUUCAGAAACAGUGAUACCAUUUCUAUUUCUUUCUCGCAUGAACCAAGCAGUGAUACCAGCACCUUUUCUCGUUUAGUUCAUCCAACAGGUUCGAUGUUAUACAUUAGUACUGAUCAUUUUUUUUCCUCCUAAUUCUGUCUCUUGUAAAGAAAUCUUGCAGUUUGCGGCUUAGGGUUGGAGAUGCAGAUUUUUUAAUGUCCGAAUUCAUUGAUGUGCAUGUGGUUGUGAAGAUUGUGUAGGUUCUCCUUCUGAAUCUACAGUAUUUCUGUCACGAAUAGAAGGAAAGAAGGCACAAACGAGCAAGGGGGAAACUGAAACAGGAUUUUGAAUUUAAAUAAAUGGAACCAAACGGCUGCGUUUUGUGCAGCUUCAUUUUAUAUUUUAGUAGGCUAGCUGGUACAGCCACGUAGUGAUGCCACGCUGGCAUUUACAAUAUUGUCUUUAAAUUCCCUAAUCAUUGUAACAAAAAGGUGUGGAAAAAUAUAACAGAAUUCCUAGAUUCUAUUCCCUGUU